AUGUCAGCCGAGACUAUUACUACAGCUGAUAUUAAUUCAACGGAAUUAUCAUCACAACUACGAACAACAACAACAACAACAACAACAACAGCUGCUAUUAAUCACCAGCGACAAUGGGAACAGAAAAUGCGAACACCAGCUCUUUCUAUCGACUUUUCCAUAAGAGAAGUGGAGGGCAUGUAUUUUAAUACGAUAGUGUUUAUAUUACUGUUGAUAACAGCGAGUUUACCAAUGGCAAAAUUGAUUGUUGGCAUCAGGUAUUUGAAUCAGUGUCCGUGUCAGCCGAAUCUCAAUGUUUGGCUUAUAGUCAGUGGUGUUCGAGGACUGAUAAUAGUUUUCGUAUGGAGUUUGCUGGUAAGAAAUACGGGCUGA